CAUUUACCUGACAGUAAUUCUUGAUUAAGAAUUAUACAGAUAGUAUUGUCCUAGUUAAACUUCUCUUAUCACUUUCGUUCAAAGACAUGGAGUUGAAAUACGUGCUUCUCUUUCUCGCGGCUGUAUAUCCGGAAGCAAUUGGUUUACGAUGUCUUUCAUGUCAAGGAGUGUUUGAACCCAGGUAUUGUAUCCAGACCAUUCAGUGUUCACCAGGAGAGCAAUGCUAUACAGAACAAGUGAUAGAUGAUAAUUUAUACGUAUUUUAUAACGUUGGAUGUAAAUCUAGCCAGUUGUGUAAAGUAGCAGACCAAGAAGGUUUUGGGAAGAGAACUGGACAGUUACAUGUUUGUGAGAAAUGUUGUACUACAGACAAAUGUAAUAAUCAAUCAUGUACACACCCGAACGGUGGCCCUUCACAUAUCUGCUUAAAAUGUCCUGAUGUCGCUAGCCCUCUAGAUUGUAAAACUUCGGGAGUAUGUUCAACGGAUGAGAUGUGUUUUACACAAGAAUUUGUGAAUGCCAAGCUUGAAAGAAGAUACAGUUUGGGAUGUGAAAAGACAAAGAGAUGUGAACUACUUGAUCAGUUUGUGCCACAUCAAAGAAGUACACAGUUGUGCAAUCAAUGCUGUCUGAAUGCAAACUGUAACAAAUAUUUAUGUACAAACAGUAAUACAAAUGGAGGUCAAUCGAUUAAACCAGAAAAUACCAUAGCAACAACUGUACCAGCAGUUCAAGUUCCUUUAACUCCAUCAUUUAUUUUUACUCCAGCACCACCGGCUACGACUACGGUACCACCGGCUACGACUACGACACCACCGGCUACGACCACGGUCGGAAAACCAUGCGAAGAUUCAAUUAUCAUAAAUUGUAGGGACCUGAAUGCUACUGGAACAUUGUGUACCCCCAAUUCUCCGGCUGCAGCUACAUACUGUCCCAAAUUUUGUAAACUCUGCUAACGUAUCAAGUUAAACAUCAGUGAGCAGGAAGGAAUGAAAAAUUAAUAAAAUGAUAAUUUGGUCGUUUCA